CGCCAAGGGAGGCGCACGCGGUCUGCCGCUAGCCGGGCGCCGGCCCCAAAUUCAAAUAUGUAAUAGUGACCGUUAAAACUACGGGCUUAAAACUUAGUUGCGUACAAAUAAUCGAGUAUAAUAGAGAGUUGUACUGAUCGCUAUAGUAUGUGAAUCGAUAUUUUUUCUGAAUUUUUAAAUAUUGCAGUGCGGCAGUGGCGUGUUUCCGAACAAAUGCGAGUGAAAACUGCUACCCUUUAAUUUUGAUACAGCAACCUGUUGACUGCCAGCAAUGCCACCGUACACGGGGUGCCGCACAGAAAAUGACUAUUUUGAGGUUAUGUGGAGACGAGGUCAAAGCCGAUCUCCGUAGCGCUGUCUAGAUCAGUUCUUUGCAAGGGCCGAAGGCGUUGCAAAGAUGAAUCUCCUCAACAUGGACGCGGAGAAUCGCGUGGUCCUAAACGUUGGCGGCAUUCGCCACGAAACCUACAAAGCUACGCUGAAGAAGAUCCCCGCGACGCGGCUGUCGCGGCUGACGGAGGCGCUCGCCAACUACGACCCCGUCCUCAACGAGUACUUCUUUGACCGCCACCCUGGCGUCUUCGCGCAGGUCCUCAACUAUUACAGGACGGGCAAGCUCCACUAUCCAACGGAUGUCUGCGGGCCGCUGUUUGAAGAAGAGCUGGAGUUCUGGGGCCUGGAUGCCAACCAGGUGGAGCCUUGCUGCUGGAUGACGUAUACCCAGCAUCGAGACACCCAGGAAACUCUAGCUGUCCUGGACCGCCUGGACCUGGAUACAGAGAAGCCGUCUGAUGAGGAAGUGGCGCGCAAGUUCGGUUUCGAAGAAGACUACUAUAAUGGAACAGUAUCCUGGUGGCAGCAGCUGAAACCGCAGAUGUGGUCUUUGUUUGACGAGCCUUAUAGUUCUAAUGCUGCGAAGAUAAUCGGAGUGAUAUCAGUGUUCUUCAUAUGCGUAUCCAUCAUAUCGUUCUGUCUCAAAACGCAUCCAGACAUGAGAGUUCCAGUGAUAAGGAAUUACACAGUGACGACCGCGAACCAGACGCAAAGCUGGGCGUUGGACAAAGUCCAGACCAACGCUCACAUUGCGUUCUUCUACAUCGAGUGUGUCUGUAACGCUUGGUUCACGCUAGAAAUUCUCGUACGCUUCAUUUCGUCCCCGAAUAAAUGCGAGUUCAUCAAAUCCUCCGUCAACAUCAUAGACUACAUCGCCACCAUGAGUUUCUACAUCGACCUAAUCCUCCAGAAGUACGCGUCUCACGUCGAGAACGCUGACAUCCUGGAGUUCUUCUCGAUCAUUCGGAUCAUGAGACUGUUUAAAUUGACCAGACACUCGUCCGGCUUGAAGAUUCUUAUACAGACUUUCAGGGCGUCGGCCAAAGAGUUGACCCUAUUAGUGUUUUUCCUAGUGCUCGGUAUAGUUAUAUUUGCGAGUUUGGUGUAUUACGCUGAGAGGAUUCAGACGAAUCCGCACAAUGACUUUAACAGCAUACCGCUUGGUUUGUGGUGGGCGCUGGUUACUAUGACGACGGUGGGUUAUGGAGACAUGGCUCCGAAGACCUAUGUAGGAAUGUUCGUGGGUGCUUUAUGCGCAUUAGCUGGUGUGUUGACGAUAGCUCUGCCAGUGCCUGUUAUAGUAUCCAAUUUCGCUAUGUACUAUUCGCACACGCAAGCGCGAGCCAAGCUGCCCAAGAAGCGACGGAGAGUCAUCAACGUGGAACCUACUAGGCCGCCACUGCGUGCGCCUGGAGCGCCCGGAGGCCCCGCGGGCCCUUUAGCCCCCGGCAUGGGGCCCCAAGCUGUGAACAGACGAAUGAAUGCCAUAAAAACUAACCACCCAAAAGACAUAAUGGGACCUAACAUGGUCGCAAGCCUAAUGCCAGGGAUGGACAUAGCUGUAGCCACGCGUUUGUCCCCAAGCCCCCGCGAUAUGAGCCCCGCUCUAGCGAUAGCGAUCCCAAUGAUGAAAUCAGUCAAUCUAGUACCAGCACAGUGCUUCGAUAAUAUAGCUUAUCACAGCGAAAAGUCUGAAGAGAAAUCUAAAGAGGAUUCCUCGAGACAAGAAUCCAUCGAGGAAGCUGAUAAGAAUGAAUAUAGCGAUAAGAACGACGACAAAUCAGAUGUUAGGACUCCGUUAUUACGCGAUCAUAAAAUCGAAUCGCUCGAUGAAACGAAAUUAAGGGACACUAAAGUGGAGAAACGAAAAUCGUCUGCCUCGACGUAACAACGCUACAAUUCUAAAUUAAUUAAUAUAUACCUAAGCAUCAUUAGUUGCAUAAUCAUGACCAAUAAUAGAUUAAUUGAUUUUAUCUUACGAGUGAUUACAUUUAAUUGUACAAAUUCAAAUAAAUUUGAAACACCAAUAUCAUUAAGGUGACGAACGAUUCCGAAUAAGAGUUAUAUUAACAUUCUAGACGAGUUUCGUUCGAAUCGUUAAAUUUAUCUUUGUAUAUUUCGUAACUUGAUGACUUAUUUCAUUGAAAGUUUCCCUUCUGUUUAUUUAAGAAUCGGUAAAUCAAAUUGCUAAUGUGCAAAAUUGUGUACUCUCUCGAUUGUAUGUAAAUGGCAUACUGAACUGUUAUUAAUGGAAAAAUAUAUUAAAUCAAGCGGUAAAGAGAAGAAUAUUUAAUCCGGUGUAAUCAAAUUUAUAUAAAAUGUAAUGGAAUUACUAUUAAACAGUUUCCCUAUAACACCAUUGUAUUACGUGUAGAUAAUUCAUGUAGCCAUGCAAAUAGAUUAGAUGCCUUAUGGAACCUUUGUGUGACAGACGUCAAACGUUUAUCGGAAACUAAGACCGGCUAUUAAUAAAUUUAUGGCACUAGACAUUUUAAUACCUGUAAAAUUGAACGCUAAACCUAAAAAAAUAUAUAAAAAGUAGCCCCAUUCUAUCAGCAUACAAAUGGACGAAAAUAUGUUAAGAAUAUUGCUAUGUUAACUCAGCAUUGUUUGUCCAUUACGUAAAAAAACAUAAAACGUUUGUUUCACAAAGAUUCCAAUCCGUCAAGUAUUUUAUAAUUAUCAUUUAAAAUGUGUAUGAUUCAUUCAUGUAUUUCACAUUAUUGUUAGACCUAACUUACUUAGCUUACCUGUCUUCGUUUUAAUUUAAACUAUUUAAGUGGUAUUGCUUUAUUGGAACAUUUAAAUGGAAUUUCUCAUAUACAGCUUGGAGGAAUUAUGUCGAAAUUAUGGCAGAUUGCGUGGCCUCUGUUAUUAGGGACUCAAAUGUCAAAUUGGGGGGUUACUAAAUGCAUACCUCUUUGUAGACUAGAUGGUGUAAUAUUGCUUUUCUUAUAUAUUUAUCUUAUAUAUAUUCUAAUGAUUCCCGGACGUUCAUUUUAAUUUGACCCUUGACGGAUAUCUAUAGAUAGCUUCAAAGAAAUGUCUAAAAUACCUAUUUAUAUUUCAGUAGAUUUCCUUAAUUGCUUUUAGAGUUUAGUAGUCGAAUGUUACUACAAUUAGAUAUACCUUACUGUACUAUAACAGUCCAUGAUAACUUAUAUAAGUAGUUAAAGCAUAUUUUCGAAUUCUACAAUAAGUUUUUACAUUUAUACACGAGAUUGUUUAACCUAGUUUUCGAUAUAAUCUUAAACACUGUUUAAUUAAACUGACGAUUAUGUUGUGCGCUUAAACAUCUGUUUAUCUGUACUUUAAAUUACGGCGACGUUUAUUUUAAUUUAAUAUAUAAUCUGGUGCGUUUAUAGACUAAUUUCUUUUCAGUUAAUAAGGUAAUAUAUGUAAAUAUUAAUUAGUAUUAGAAUAAUUUUAUAUUAUCGUGUUACCUAUUUUAGACACACAUAUCAUCUGCACGUUACUUCUCAAUGUUAUUUUUAUACGUGUACAAUAUAAUUGAUAUUUAAUAUAAGCGGUAGAUAGUUUGAAAAAAAAAUAUUCUAAUCAUUAACGAUUUAUUAAACCUGUCCAUGUAGAUAUUGAUUGAACGUGAAAUUGUAAAUGUAAGCCAUUACAGACAGUUAGCGAUACGAAUCGUAACGAAAAAUUUUAUUUAAG